AUGUGCUCCGCCGACAUCUUCCUCGGCCUCCUGGCCCUCCUAUUCCCACCCUUGCCUGUCUGGGUCAAGUGCGGCAUCUGCUCCGCCGACUCCUUUAUCAAUAUCCUCCUCUGCGUCCUCGGCUACAUCCCAGGCCUCAUCCACGCGUGGUACAUCAUCGCCAAGUACCCCGAGCCCGGCUCCGACUACGACACCCUGCCCCAGUCCGAGAGCGAGGCCGGCCGCGUGACCUAUGUCAUCAUCCACGAGGACGGCCGCCGCUCCUACCGCAGCCAGCCCGCCAACGCCGCCCAGCCCAAGCCCCAGCAGCAGAACGGCAUGAGCUACGGCACCGCCGGCGCCAACGGCUCCUCGGCCUCUGCGCCGGCUCCGGCUCCGGCACCCGCUGCGGCGGCGACUCACAAUGCCGGCGAGGGCAGCAGCGACGGCGCGCCGCCGCCGAGCUACGCGCAGGUCGUGGCUGGGGACCACAAGGUGCAGAGCCAGGAGUAG